AUGGGAAAAAGAACGUUUUAUGAAGAUGAUGAAUUAAUAUUAAAUAAGCCAGGUAUUCCACUUGAAGAAACAAGUUCCAAAUUAAAACAACAAGAAUCAACUCACGGAGAUGUUGAAUUUGUAGAUGGGAUGGUAAUUCGUUCAACACCAAUUUUAGAAAACUAUACAUCAAAUUUUCGUAAAUAUUUACAUGAUAAAUUUACAAUCAUAACUGCAGAAUUAGGUACUCAAAAACUGGCAAUUGAGAAUGAAUUUAAUAAUUUAAAAAGUGAAUAUGAUCAAAUUGUAAAAGAACCAAUAUUACCUAAUUUAAUCUAUAUUUUGACUAUUUCGUUAAGUGGGUCCAUAUUGGUAAGAAAUAGAAAUAUAGGAUUAAGAUUCAUUACUCCGUUAUUAUUUGGUGGUGUUACUAUGAAUUACACCAUGCCAAACACAUUUAAUAAUCUUGUUUCGAGUUAUGAAAAAUUUGAACAUGAAAAUAUUCCAGAAUUGAGUAAACAAAAACAAGAAUUAGCUGUUUAUUAUCAACAAUUUAGAAAGGAAUUUUAUAAUCAACAAAUUAAUCUAAAUGAAUCUAUAUUAAGCAGUAUACAUGAUUUAAGAAAAUUUAUAAAUGAUAAAAUAAAUUAA